ACUAUUUUGUGUUUUAUAACCAUGUUGUCUUCUAGAUGUUACCGACACCGCUUUAUCCACUUAUUUGCUGUUGUUCUUUACUUUUUUCAAGUGAUGCCAUCUCUACAAGACAGCUGCAUACCAUCGAUUUCGACCGUGCAUAACGUUAGCCACUGCCCUACAUCCAAACAAGAAUGGGAUGUAGCAGCUACAAAUAAAAAUUGUCAAAAUUCCGUCAAACAGAACUGUUCCGUCCCCGAGUUAUUUAAAUACCACUGCCUGCUUAGAAGUGAUGAAAGUACCUUAGUAGAAGUAUGUGCACCAGAAUGGAAACUAAACGCUGGUUAG